GGGGACAUCACCGGGUCUAAAAAAGAAGCGCAGGAGGGAGAUGGGGAGGCACCCUCCGCUCUUUAGAUUUCGUCGCAAGGUCCCGUUCGCGAGUUGAGAGGAUGCUGCGCCUCUGCGAGGACGCCCGUGACGUGCGCCGGCUGAGCGCCCGUUUCCUGGUAUUCCGGUGAACUUCUGUGGAGACCGGAGCCCCAAGGAAGGAGCGCGGAGGCACCACCGAUGAAACGACGCGUUUAUGGAUCUGCAUCCGUCUCCACGCGCACGGCUGGGAGAGCUCGUCUUUGUUUUGUUUUUUUGACGGCUGAGCGGAGACGCUCGGACCGUCCUGUGCAGAGUGGUGGGAAGGAGGCAGCAGCCGCUCUUGGUUAGGGGAUCUCUGUAAAUAUCGCACAGUGACUUUAUUUGACUCCAUCUCAGCCACCCCGCGCUCGCUGUUCAGAUGAGACAGUCGGUUAAGCGCGCGUCUCCAAACGAGGACGCACGGAGAUCGCACAGGGGUCGGGAUCAUUUACCCUUAUCCGGUAUCUUGUAUUGAAGGUCGCUCCACUCUAAAGUACCCUGAUUUCACUCAUCAUAAACUUAAUAUCGCAUCUCUAAAACAGAAAUCCGAAGGAGAGCGCCGAGGAGGAAAAAGGACAAAACUUCGAGCGCCUGUUUGUUUGGAACUCCGCAAAUACUGGUGCGCAUCAGUCAGUUCCCCAGUCAGUUCCGGGACAUCUGUUCUACGAGGCAGCAUUCAUUUUUCAAUUGAAAAGCAUUGAUCAGCGUCUUGACGCAUUACCCGGGACUGGUUUGCGGGCUGAACAUGGACUUGAGAGAGCUGCCGUGCCGGCUGCAAGAGAGCAUCCGUUUGGACGCAAUACGGGGACAGAACGAGGACAACUGAGACUUAUAGAAGAAAAAACACUCGGCCGGCAUGACCUCGGUUCCGGAGAACAGCUGCUCCAUGCAGCCGGGCGGCUGGAACAGCAGCAGCGCAGGAGCCUCCGUGCCCUGCAACCAGAGCAUGGUGAAGCUCGCCCCUUACUCCCCCGAAGCCACGGCGGCCUUCGCCACCGCCAUAACCCUGAUGGUCCUCUUCACCAUCGUGGGCAACAUCAUGGUCAUCAUCGCGGUGCUGACCAGCCGGGCGCUCAGGGGACCGCAGAAUCUGUUCCUGGUGUCUCUGGCCGCCGCCGACAUCCUGGUGGCAGCGCUCAUCAUCCCCUUCUCCCUGGCCAAGGAGCUGCUCGGCUACUGGUACUUCAAGUCCCUGUGGUGCGAGAUCUACCUGGCGCUGGACGUGCUGUUCUGCACCUCCUCCAUCGUGCACCUGUGCGCCAUCUCGCUGGACCGCUACCUGUCGAUCUCCCGGGUGACCUACGGCCGCCAGCGGACCCCCAGGCGCAUCAAAGGCGCCAUCGUGGUGGUUUGGCUCAUCUCCGCCAUCAUCUCCUUCCCGCCGCUGCUCUCGCUGAACAAAAGCGAGGCAGGCGAGGAGGGCAGCGAGGGGGCUCUCAAGUGCGAGCUGAACAACGAGCGCUGGUACAUCCUCUACUCCACCAUUGGCUCUUUCUUCGCGCCGUGCCUCAUCAUGAUCUUGGUCUACGUGAGGAUUUACCAGAUCGCCAAGCAGAGGACGCGCUGCCCGCCGGGGGAGCCCCGGAAGGACGGGGUGGGCUCCGCCACGCCGAGUCAGCCCCUGCGACGCGUCGAUGCCAACGGGAAGGAGGACGAAGAGAGCACGCCGCCUUCGUCCAACAAGACCUCCAACACCAGACCCCCGACCCUCGCCAUCACCCCUUCCCCUUCCCCUCACCCGGGGGACGCGCAGCCCGCCCAGAGCUCCCCCUCCAACAACCACCUGCAACCUCCGUCCGCGGGUCUCGCCAUGACCUCCGUCUCCUCCUCCCCCGGGGCCUCCAGCCCCCCGCCCUGCGCGCCCCAAUCCGCCCCCGCCAAGACCAACGAGAAGGCGAAGCGGGGCAAGCGGCGGGGGUGGAAACAAGCCGACAACAACAACGGCGACAGCUCGAGCACGGAGAGCGACAAUGAGCACAGCAACGGGGGAGGCCGCGGCAGCGCCAGCAUGCCCGGGUCACCGGGCGGGGUCCACUCACCGGGCUCGGUGAAGCGCUACCGGGACAUGAUCGCCACCUCGGCGGGGGCUCGGCUGGCUCCCGGGCGGAAAUCCAAGACGGACCCCGGGGCGGCGAGGCGCAAAGCGAUGGUGAACCGGGAGAAGCGAUUCACGUUCGUCUUGGCGGUGGUGAUCGGCGUUUUCGUGGGAUGCUGGUUCCCGUUCUUCUUCUCCUACUCCCUGCAGGCCGUGUGUCCGGAGACGUGCGCCAUCCCGGGGCCGCUCUUCACCUUCUUCUUCUGGAUCGGCUACUGCAACUCAUCGCUCAACCCGGUCAUAUACACCAUCUUCAACAAAGACUUCAGAAAAGCCUUCAAAAAGAUACUGUCCAGAGGCACCAAGGGUACUUUCUUUUAGCAGAAGAAUCUGCAGUUUAGGACGCACGGACACACGCAAUGCAAUUUUUGAGGCAUACAAAAAAAACACUUUUUGAGAACACUCAAAGGGCUGAACUGAUAGACUCUGCUUUUACAAGCGUGUACGAAACAGGCACAUUUGUGAAAUGGCAGCUUGUGGAAGACACACACACAUUCAUUUUUAGGGUGUUGGGAGACAGAAGGACAUGGAGUCGAGAUCCCUCACUUAUAAGAUAAGACCUUCAUAAGAUAAGAUCAGACCCUGUUGAUUGCAAAGUUAUAUCUCCAGUCAGAGACUCAAGAAAAAACACUGAGAAGGAGCUGCUGAGAUGGAAUACUGUUCAAUGUAUUAUAUGUGAGAGGGGGGGGGAGAAAACAAGUAGGAUGAAGGAAAAGUGACCUUAUAUCCCUGUGAGCCCGGGGACAUCGAGCUCAUCAAUACAGAGCACAAGGGCGGGAACAAAAUGCCAAGGGUGAUUUCUCACAUCUGCGGUCUUAAUUUCCCAGAGCCGCGUGGCAAACAUGUGUUCCCUUGAUUUUUAUCGAAACAACUCGGUUGAUGACCAUUUCAAAUGUGAUAGCGCAGACGAAAAGCGAAAAGCCAAACUCGUGGGGCUCUCAUGAGGAGGGCUUGCACGCGUCAGACAACUCGGCCUUUGGCCCCCGGGCCGUCAACGGACACUCAGGUUGUUUGUUAUGACACUCUCGGCUUUUUUGCCUUUUAUGAAAGACACUAAUGAGACUUUGAACUCCAGAGAGAAGCACAUUCGCUGCUGCUGCGAUGUAAGAGCAAGACCCUCCCCCCUCGUCCUCUUCAGCGGGCUAUCCACAGAUUUUUAACUGUAUCCGGAUUCACGCGCGGCGAGGGCCUAACCGAGCGCUCAUUCCGAUGAACCCAGUAUUUUGGACAUUUAAAAGAAAUCCCAUAUUGUUUUUCCCUCUUGAAAGCGUGUCACGGGUUUUCUCCAACGGGAGAUCAAAAAGACUCUUCUUCUUAUUCAACACUUAUUUUCCAGAAACCCGAUGAAGCAGGUGGACAUUUGCAUUUCCAAACAGUGCUGUUAUGGAUGUGUCACGGUAGCCAUAAUUGCGCCUAAACACGAGGUUACUGCGAGAGCCAUUUGGCCGAGUCACUCUUUACCGACGCCUGUGGCACACCAUCGCCCACGGUGGGCCUCCACAUGGCUCAUUUGGUUUAUAGCUGAGAGGCAAGAGUAUGAAUGGUGCAUUUAUGUUUUUCCCACCAUGAGACUGAGGCUCCGUGUGAGCUUCCUCGACUAAAGAAAAAAAAGAAAAUGUGUCUGUGUAUGUGAACAGCACACAGGCUUAUCGACUCAACGGGACAAGGGCUGUCAGCAGCGACACUACCAAUUGUCUACUACUGCUGACCUGUAUGAGUGUGUGUGUGUGUGUGUGUGCGUGCGUGUGUGUGUGUGUGUGUGUGUGUGUGUGUGUGCAUGUGUGAAUGCAUGCUUGUGCGCGUGCGUGUUGACUUAGGUGAGAGAGUCACGAUGUCUCCUCUGGCCACUGUGUGUUUCAGCUCAAUUGUAAUAUCGAUUUGAGAAUAGAGUGGAGAUUUCCUGGUGCAAGCAUCACCUGGGGAAUGUUUCUACUUGUCGGACAGAUCAGCGGCACAGAAAGCGUUGCUAAACCCGAGAGUCUUUUUAGCGAUUGCCCUCCAGGGACCAAAGACACCAGCCCGACCGAGCGGCACGCGGCUCCCCUUGUCUGCUGUAAGGAAGCGUCGCUUUGCAUUUUAGGGUGUACCCGGGACGGGAGGCAAAGAUUGAAAACACUGUAUAAUUUAUUUCAAAAACGAUUUUGUCUUGUCUGUCUGUUGCCUAUUUAUUGUUCUCUUAUAGUGUGUUUAUUCUGAAAGUGAAAAAAGAAAAAGAGGAUGGAACAGGUGUCAAACACUGAGAACACUGUAAAAUGGACUUGCUGCCCUGGAUCUCUUGCUUUGUGGAGGUUGCCCUGCGUCUGAACUUGGGGUGGGAGUGGGGUUGGCGGGUGGGAGGUCGAUGGGGAUGCGUCUAAGUUGAGUCGAAGGGCCGACAACUUUUGAGUUACAAUGCAGACGUACAAUGCAACAUUCGAUUUUGUUUCAUCUAGUUGUAUAGCGCGGUUUAAAAUAGAAAUACGAGACUCAAGCACAUUCGUGGAUGCACAAUCUUUAUCGAGCACGCCGCUGCAGGGAAAACCUCUCCUCGGCUGUCGAAACUUUUUCAUCAAGGAGUAAUCGAACACGCAAAACGCCAAUAGCCGGCAGUAGCCGGGCCCGUGAUUUGCAGGCUUUGUGCGGGACAUUAAGGCUACAAUCCAUACUGCACACAGAGAUGCUUGGAGACUCCAACAACUGAUGGAAACAAGAUGGCGCACGGACACAACCGCUUGUUUUAUCUCGAAAAGAUACAGCAACGCAGCGGAGGCCAUCAAUUCAUGGCUAUUUCCAAUAAAUCUGAAUUGCAAGGCUGCUCAACCCCCCCUUCACUCUCCCCACGCCCCAUCAUGGCUUUAUGUGUUGAGACUGCUUGACUGCUGCUUUGUUUAUUAUAUUAAGAAUGACUUAUGGCUUACAGGUGACAGCUGCAGUACAGAUCACCGUCCUCUCGCCUCAAACUGCCUGUAUUGUCUCUCCUCCUGCUGCGUUUGGACCAAACUGCAUGGUCUGAGCUCUGCAAUCUCCUAUUCCCAUCUGUCAUCCACCACUCUCCAGUUCGGCCAAAAAAAUAAAGCAACUUGAAAAAGCAUGA